AUGAGCUUCUUAGGUCUCCGCAAGUGGCCGACGCCCGUCGCCAAGCCGCUGUGGCCGUUCAUUGCCGCUGGUACUAUCACGUAUUUCCUCGUUGCGAAGGCGCAGGACAUGGGUGUGAAGUCGGAGGCUUAUGCCAAGGACCCGCGAAACCCGUACGCUGCGCAGAUCGCGAAGGAGUCGCACCACUAG